AUGUUAAGAGCUAUAUUAGGGAUAUCGAAGCAUAGUAGAGCAUUUCGUAAAAUGAUGAUACAAGAAUUAAAACCAUUAACCCCACAAUCAAUUAAAAUAAAUCCAAUAAUACAACAAACUCAAACAAGAUCAUAUUCAGAAGUAAAUGCUACAAAUAAAUCAACGUCACCAAUCAACCAAAAUAAAUCAAAAUUUGAAUCAUCAAAAGAUUAUAUAAAAAAAGCACAUAUUGAAAAUUCAAAAGAAUCAGAACAAUUAUUAAAAAUUCUAAGAAAAACUGGAGCUAUAUCAGUUGUUAUUGUAUUUGUAUCUAUUGGAUAUGCUGCUUUUUCAGAAUAUCUGGGUAAACCAAAUGAAGUUGAAGAAAUUGAAUAUAUUCCUAAUUUAAGUCAAGAUAUACGAUAUAAGAAUAAAAAUAAUAAUGGUGCUUAA